UUAAAAGCGUAAUAAAAAUGUCAUAUAUAAAUAUUUUUUUUCCACUUUCACCGCAUCAAAACCUUUCAACAACUUCAGACCUAUCCAUAGAUAUAAAGUUUUUAUGCCCUUUUUGUAAUAAGAUGUCAUGUGUUUUGUCAUGUGCGUGUGUUCACAUUUAAAAGCAUAUACCACAGAUCACUGCGAGGUGUAUUUUACAUGCAUGUGCUCCACAUUUGGCGCACUGGUCCCCCCCCCCCAUUCUGCCCCUUCUUGGAACAAGACACACUGACUUUCUGGAGGGUCCUGGCUGUGGCUCCUCCUCCUCCUCCUCUUCCUCCUCCUGACCAUGGACCUGGCCCCAGGCUUGUGGGACCAGGCUGGCUGCAGAUGGUCCUCUGGGCAAAUGGCAGGGACUCUUCAUGUGUGGGAGACCACAGGAAUUCCCCAUUUCUUGAUCUCCAUGGAGAAGUGUCAUCCUCCAUUGUCUCUUCCUCUUCUUCCUCCUCCUCCUCCUCCUCUUCCUCAUCUGAGCUGCAGGGCCCCUCUGUGCCUGGCAGGAAUUCCUCCCCUGAUCCCUCCUGGCUCUCAGAUGAAUCCUCACUGCUGGUAUCAUCCACCUCAGUAACAUACUGCUCACUCUCCUCAGAGGACUGAAAGACUGCAGCAAGAGUCUCCUCUAGUUCCAGGCUUCUCUUCAUGGCUGUCUGCUGAAGAAAUAACCAGCCAGACAAGGCUGUGGCUCAGAGGCAGAGCGGGUCGUCCACUAAUCAGAGGGUUUUUGGUUGGAUCCCUGGCUCCUCCCGCUACAUGUUGAAGUAUUCUUGAGCAAGAUACUGAACCCUGAAUCUGUAGUUUCUGUUCGAUGGAGUUGAUGGACCAUCACUGAGUGGAUUUCUGUGAAAGGAGCGGAGAAUCAGCGAUGGGAAAACUUUGUGCAGUGACUUCCUGUUUGCUGCUGACGGUCUCAGCGGCGGCGGCCCAGACAGCUCAGCCUCAGAUCGAGCGUCUGCUGCCUCAGUGGCUCACCGGCAUCAUCGCCGUCUCCGCCUUCCUCUUCCUCGUCUUCGUCACUUUGCUGGUGAAAAAGGCCUGGUGUGAGAAACCCAGCAGGUCGGUCAGGGGGAAGACAAACGUAUCUAUGAAUAAAAAGAAGACCGCUGUGGAGUCAGAGUCCGACAGAGAAAAUGAAUUUGUUGUGACCAACGGAAACACCUACGAGACCAACCUGGACACGAUCAGGAGGAAGAGCACUGUGGAGUCAGCGAGAGAAAAUGAAUUUGAAAACACCUACGAGACCACCCUGGAGAUGACCGGGAGGAAGAGCACUGUGGAGUCAACUGGAGAAAAUGAAUUCGGAAACACCUACGAGACCACCCUGGAGAUGGUCAGGAGCAAAGAAGACCCAAACGCCUUCGACAACCUGGCGUUCGGCAGCGCUGACGAUAAGGUUACGUCCAUGUGACCGUCCUGAACUGAUCCUAUUGGAUGCCUUAACGCCGUCGGCACCAAAUCUGGACGGAGACAAAACACACAGAAAAUUCUUUUUUACAGAUGAUGUUUCUUUGUGUUAAUAUUAUCUUUGUUUAGUUGUACCUGUUGUCCCAGGCAGGUGGAGCUUACGAUGAGGAACUUCAGAUAUCAUCCAUGUUGAAAAUGCAGCAAAAUUAAUUUAGCAGAACUAUAACAUUAUAUUGAUUAUUAAUCUUUUGUCACCUGAUCGGAGGCUUAAACUAGAUCAAUAUGUGUGUGCCUGUAUUUUUCUGACUUUGUAAAAGGUCUCCAGUCACAGACUGAGAUCAGUGAACAGGAGGAAAAGCAGCUGUCGGUCCUGUGAUCUGAUUAAUAAGUUAUCUUUUCUAACAAA